CGUCAUCAUAGCUGCAGCUGGCGAGCGACCCCGAGCCCGCAGCAUCCGCCGUCCUCCGAGCAGCUUCCACGGGGAAUUGUGCUCCCAUCCGAUCCAUUCUCCGUUGAUACCGGCGUCGAUUCUCCUCCCGCGGCAUUCCAGACGAGCUCACAAGCUUGCGCCGCCUCCAAUUGACACCCGCCGUCGAAAAACCACACCACACCACCGAACCCCACCUCACGAAGCUUCACCCGCCGACCCUCACAAUGUGGCCAUUCUCCUCCGACACGCGCGGCGACGCCAUCCGCUCCGGUAACGCCAUCCCCAACCGCCAAGAGCGCACCGUGUGCUGGGCCGCGCGCGACGCCUACUUCAACUGCCUGGACGCCAACAACAUCAUCGACGCCAACAAGGACGCCGGCGCCGCCAAGAAGGCCUGCCCCGAGGCCUCGGCUGAUUUCGAGCGUGACUGCGCCGCGGCUUGGGUCAAGUACUUCAAGCAAUGGCGCGUCGCCGACAUCAACAAGCGCAGGCGUCUCGACGAGCUGCGAGCUCAGGGCGCGCAGGAGAUGACCGUCACCUCGACCUUUGCCCCCGAGGGUGGUGCUGCCGAAAAGGGCAAAAGCAAGGACGAGAUCCAAGAUCUGCUGGAGAGGAAGAAGGGGAGGUAAACCAAAAAAAGGUCACGACGAACCAUGAUAUGAACAACAUGGCACUCCCGCUGUUGUAUCUCGAACAAGUGUAUUUAUAUAUGUGUACAUCACCACCCUUAUUAGCUCACGCAACCACCGCUCAUGUCUGUACGACUACCAAAAGCACAUCUCGACCUGACGAGAAAAAGACAACUC